AGCAAGAAUGGAGCAUGAAAGGAAGAGGACUCCUUACCACUGGUUGAAAGCCCAAUUACUAGCAUAACAUAUCAAAUAUCAAAUGAGCCAAUGUCAUGUCCUAUGACACAAGCAGCAAAAUAUUACGAACUUCUUGUUCUUGUUACUCAUUACUCUAUGAAAUUCAUCAUGGCGAAUUCUGGAGUGAAAGGCGCUGUAUUUGACUUCACGUUUUUAAAUACAUACCUAGGUGAGAGUGGAAGGUUGGCACUACUGUUGGACUACGAUGGCACUCUCGCUCCGUUGGCACCUCGUCCCGAGUUGGCCGUCCUGCCGGCCGAGACCAAGGAAGUCUUGCUGCGUCUCUCCAAAAGGCCAGACGUCAAACUAGCAAUAAUUUCCGGGCGCAAACUUGCUAAUGUGAAGAGCUUGGUCGGAAUAGAAGGCAUUGUAUAUGCUGGGAAUCAUGGUAUAGAGAUAGAAUUCCCUAGUGGCAGGACAUAUGUACACCCUUCACCAGAAGGCUAUCAAGAAAAGUUGCUCAGUUUGCAAGCCGAACUAGAAUCAAAGGUGUGCAAGCACGGGGCGUGGGUGGAGAACAAAGGCCCGACGCUGACGCUCCACUACCGCGCGGUGCCCGAGGCGGAGCGGCCGGGCCUCGUGGCCGAGGCGGAGCGGGUGGUCCGGGAGACGGGGCUGACGGUGGGCACCGCCCACUGCGCCCUGGAGGUGAAGACGCCCUUCAUCUGGAACAAGGGCCACGCCAGCCUGCUCGUGAUGAGCUCCGAGUUCGGGGAGGCGUGGCAGGGCCAGGUACCCGUCAUCUUCGUUGGGGACGACACCACGGACGAGGAUGCGUUUGAGGCGCUGAAGGACUUCGGGCAGACGUUCCGGGUGGUCCGGGCGGACGGCGUGUCGACAGCGGCUAAGCACCGCCUCUCCGGCACGGACGGCGUGCUGGCGCUGCUCAAGUGGCUGGACGGCUUCCUCUCUCAGCGCUCGGCAAGAAGCUGAGUCCAGCGCUGCACGCCCUGUCUCGUGGCAUCGGUGUUCCUGUCUGUGCCGAGCUCAGUCGAGGCAGCUAUGGGAGCUGCCUGCUGCGCUCUUAUCUAUGGUUACCAUGAAUAUAUCUCUGCUUCGUACGUCUUUGCUGUGAACAUUCCAGCAGGUUUAGAUUGCUUGUAUUGUAUACGCUUUGUACGGCCAUAAAAAAAAUUUGCUCAUUUUCAGAGUUAAGUUUCCAUACAAUAACUUAAAUUCAGGUACUCACGGAGGUUUUGUAAACUACAGAAUCUACUUAGGAAGGUUGGACUUAACUGUAAGCUGUAAGUUCGGUCCGUCUUUCUCUUCACGCUUUCUUGCAGCGCAAAGUAAUUUCUGAGUUCUUGUUGAAAAUGAGUUUUUAUUUGUAGAAUAGUUUGGGUUUUGUUACUCUCUAGUCAAGCUUUGUGGCAAUAUGUUAUUUUUAUUUAUGAAUAUGUAGGUACUUUAAAAUAUAUGAGUGUUGAGCUGAAGUACUGUUUCUGUUUAUGUUUGUAGAGUUGCAAAUAAUGUAUAAAUUGUGUUUUGUCAUGAAAAUCCAGACAAAUAGCUAAAACUACUUGACUCGUAAGUCUACUUCAUUGUACUCAACAGGACAACACUUUAGGAUCUUUUUCUUGUAGCUCAAUAUAUAUUUGACAUAUUCUGUGAGCUCAAAAUCCUGUAACAUUAUUUGGAAACACUUCACAGCAUAAUCUCAUAUGUAUUUACUUUAUCACACUUUUCUUAAAGUAUGGUAAUUUUAAUAUAUUACAUGUAAUUAAAUAAUUAACAUUCCCAAUUUGUUUGAAAAAUCACAAUUAAAAAAACUGUUAUUGCUAAUUUCCAAACAAAAUACAAAAUAAAUUACAGAAAAGAAUAAGUAUAGAUGAUGUUCAAAAUGAGCUAUUAAAAAAAAUCUCUUUAAUAUUACAGAGACUGGUUUGUUUAAAUAUUUCUGAGUAUGUUACAUUUUUUGUACUAUUUCUGAAUGGAUUCAAAAUAUACUGGUUCUCAAAAGACUCCCUGGUCUAGAUAGAUCAACAUACAGCUGUACAGAAGCUUUCUUCUCUCAGUUCAACACCCACAUAUGUAUUUGUAUGUGACCCUGAAAUUUGUUGACUGUGAUUGAUCGCAGAUUAAAUUUUAAUGGGGAAUUGUAGUUGCUUAAAUUAAAAUUAAAUUGCAGCUAGUUGGGAUCAUGGGAAUGCAAUAAAUUUGCGUCAUUUGUUCAACUGCUGGUCCUGAUGGUUUCAGUUAUGUGGUUUCUGAUUGCUUUAACUUGCAAUCUUGUCCCAUUGCACAAGUUUAGAGGGUGUAGGUUAUGCAUAAAAAUAAUUUUAAUUCCAACUAGUAUUUUUAGGCAGUGAGAUGGAAGGCUUGAUAGGUUCAGGAAAUUGAACAGUUCUUCAAAGUUCGUUAUAAAAACACAAUAUGUUACUUAGUGACUAGAUAUUAAAUUCCAUUCACAAUGAUAACUCCCUGUGAUACUGGCCACAAUAGUGAUUGCAAUAGUGUUUUAAAGUUUCAAUAAAAAAAAUUUUAAUUUUUGCCUAUAUUUUUUAACUGCUAUAUCUGUAACUUUUUACUCAGCAUAAGCUUUGCUGAACUCUGGUUUUAAUUACAAAUAUUGUUAAUUUCAUGGAACUAUAACAUUUUUAAAUAUCUAAAAUGAAACACCGCCUAUGUUCAUUUUCUAGGUAACGAAAUAAUAUAUGCACGAUUUAUAUCUACUUUUCCAUAUCUUUUUGGUGUAACUUUAUUUCUUCCUUAUUAAAAUGUGUUCAAGAAAUAUUUGUUACCUGUUAUUUUUAAGUAUUAUAUUAUUAAUUUUGUAAUAAAUUUUUAAAAUAAAACAUCCAUCUGGAAUGCUUAUUGUAGCUUUAUAAUAGUGAAAGUUUUAUGAAAUCAGUAGUCUCAAAAUAUUAGUAUAGAUACACACGUACACAUGCACUGUUGGGUUGUUUGAUGUCAAUUUCAUUUUCUCAAUGUGCCAUAAAAAAUUUUAACUGCCAACCACCUAACAAGUCACACUUUAAACUAAAUUAUUAAAAAAUGGCAACAACUUUUAUUAAAUAUUAUCUGUUUAGUAACUUUAAACUAUUUCCAUUCUUAAUUAUAUUUGCUACCUGCCAGUGGAUGUGGCAGUCAAAUGCCAAGACUUCCAUAUAACAAUUUUUGGGAGACUUCUUAAAUAAAUUAAUUUAAUUUUUUUUUUGUGUCUCAGUUUUCCUUUAGGGGUUAUUUUUAAUACAUAAAACCUUUUUGUGCUUUUAUUUCCAUUCCAUGAAUAACAUUGUAAUUAGGAGACACAAGGCUUUCUCCAAAUUUAUUGAUAUUUUCUUUAUUCUCGAAAAAAAAUUUGGUUCUUAAUACAAAUUGAAAAAAGAACUUUUUGCAAAUACGUAGUUAUAUUUUAAAGAGCAGGGAGGCUGGAAAAAAACAAUUAAAUAUUUUUUCGCAUAAAGACAUUUAAUGAGAUCAUGUAAAUUAAAUUUAUUGGAGACAAUUAAUUGAAAAACAUAUAAUCAUUGACAUAGUUGAUUUCCUUUGUAUAUCCUUGGACAGCCUAACAAUUGGAAGCUAUGUUGAACAGGUUUGAAUGUGCAAUUUGUUUCAAAGUUAAUACAGAUCAUUGCUUCAAAAAAACUGCUAAAAAUGUGGAUGGACAAGAUUACUUGUAUUUUCUCAAGGCAAAAUAAUAAAAAAAAGACAUCACUAUAUGGAAAAAAUUAGUUUUCUAGUAUGGUGUUGGUUGUAUGGACAGUAUGAUAAUAACAGUAUGAGGUGUUUUGGUGAAGAGCAUUUGAUGUAAAUCUAAAACUUCAGAAAAAUGUUUGAUGUAUAAUAUUGUUAAUGUAAUAAAUUCCUGUUGUGUUAUGAGAAA